UCCCCGCGACACCUGAACGCAUCACAGUUUGGACGUGCGUCCCGUGCGUCUGACGUCAUCUGGUUUUCGUCUCGUUCCUCCGUUGGUUGGAGAUCAGACCAACUAGCAGCUAGCUUGCUAACUAGCCGUAUUUCUUUAUUUUUCAUACUUCUGAAGACGCCGUUAUUAUAAGGUCUAUUUCUGCGUCUGAUUCCACGGGACCGUAUUUGUCUUCAACACAGUUUCGACGCAGUUUUUUCUCCGCUCACGGGGAGAAACACUGAGCCAUGUAUAAUGGGAUUGGCCUGACAACUCCUCGGGGCAGCGGCACCAAUGGCUAUGUGCAGCGCAACCUGUCGAGCCUGCGGGUCAAACGGCCGCGUGAUGAGCGCGGCGGCGAGCGGGAUGAGAAGGACCGAGAGAGGCUGGAGAGUCAGCUCAACAGGCAGCCCAAUGCCGACAUACUGGAGCACCAACGGAAGAGGCAGCUGGAGGUCAAGUGUGCCGAGCUGCAGGACAUGAUGGAGGAGCAAGGGUAUUCAGCUGAGGAAAUCGAGGAGAAGGUGAACAGUUUCCGUAUGAUGCUGCAGGAGAAGCAGGAGCCAGCUCCCACCACCAAUGAAAAAACGACGGUGACAGAGACUCAUGCUCUGGCUGCAGCCAACCAGCAGAAGAACGACCGUCUUCGUGCUGCUUUUGGCAUCGCCAGCGACUAUGUGGACGGAUCAUCCUUCCACGCCGACCGCAAGGAGAGAGAGAAGGAGAAGAGAGAACAAGAACGCCUGGAGAAGGAGAAGCUGCAGCAGCAGAAAUAUACGUUGGUGGAAGAUUCAGAUAAUUCAGAAUCUCCUCCCAAGAAGCGCAGCCGGAAGAAGAAAAAGAAAAACAAGAACAGAGACAGCAGCUCAGAGAGUUGCUCCCCGUCUCCCCGACGAGAGAAGAAGAAAUCCAAAAAGAAGAAAAAGAAACGUGAGUCAUCAGAAGACGAGGAAGAAGACGACAGUUCCUCAGAUGAGAAGCAGAAGGUCUCAGAGAAUAAAAGAAAGAAGAGUGAAAGUUUGAGUCCUCCAAAAGCAGCACGGCACAGGAGUGUCUCCUCCAGCUCUGCUCACAGCCAGUCUCCGGCUCCAGUGAGAUCACGUCAGCAGGACCAAACCGCGAGAAAAGCUGAUGAAGGUAGAAAAGGGAGAUCGCCAGACAGGAGGAGACGAGGCUACGAGGAGCACAGCCCACAUCAUCAGGGAGGCGAAGGGAAGAGGCCCAAUCUUGAGAGAGAAAAAGAGCGACUGAGUGAGGUGGAGAAGACCUCCGCCAAGAGGAGACAUGACUCUUCAUCCCCUUCUCCACCACCACAGACAGGAAAAAUCAUGGAGAGGGAGAAAGGGACGAGGUCCAGAAGCAAACAGAAGGAGAGUGUGGAAGGGAGGCGCUCAAGAAGCAGAGAGGUGGAGAAAAGGAGGCGUUCAAGGAGCAUAGAAAACGAGAGGGAGAAAGGGAGGCGUUCACGAAGCAAAGAAAAGGAGAGAGAGAGGGUAAAGCGAUCCAGAAGCAGAGAGAUGGAUAAAGGAAGGCGAUCGAGGAGCAGAGAAAUGGGAAAAGGGAGGCGUUCAAGGAGCAGAGAAAACGAGAGGCAGAGAGGGAGGCGCUCCAGAAGCAGAGAGAUGGAGAAAGGGAGGCGUUCAAGGAGCAGAGACGUGGAGAGAGGGAGGCGUUCAAGGAGCAGAGACGUGGAGAGAGGGAGGCGCUCCAGAAGCAGAGAGAUGGAGAAAGGGAGGCGUUCAAGGAGCAGAGAAAAUGAGAGGCAGAGAGGGAGGCGUUCGAGGAGCAGAGAAGUGGUUAAAGGGAGGCGUUCGAGGAGCAGAGAAGUGGUUAAAGGGAGGCGUUCGAGGAGCAGAGACGUGGUUAAAGGGAGGCGUUCGAGGAGCAGAGACGUGGUUAAAGGGAGGCGUUCCAGGAGCAGAGACGUGGAGAAAGGGAGGCGUUCCAGGAGCAGAGACGUGGAGAAAGGGAGGCGUUCAAGGAGCAUAGAAAAGAGGGAGAGAGGAAAGGAGAGUGUUCCUCAGAGGACCCGACAUGACUCGUCCUCGUCCUCCUCCUCCUCAUCCUCGUCCUCUUCAUCUCCUUCUCCUCCACCUAAACAGGAGACUAGGAUUGAAAAGAGCAGAGACACUGAGCGGGAGAAAGAUAGGAAUAAUCAGGACAAAAAGAUAAGACAUGACUCCUCAUCUCCCUCUCCUCCCCCUGAGAAGGAGAGAUGUGGAGAGAGGGAGCGCAGGACCGAGAGAGAUCUGCUGUCGAGGCCACCAAAUGAAAGGGACAACAGGAAAGACACCGGAAGGAGACAGGAGAGAGAGACAUCUCCUUCCCAGCAGAAAAAUGACAGAAGAAGAGAUCCCCCGUCACCGGCCUCCCGAUCACCCGUCACCAACGGGCGCCAAAGGGAGGAGGAGAGGAGGAGAGACCAGGACAGGGAGAGCACCAAAGAGAGGGAGAGGCAUCUGAACAAGCAGAGCGAACAAGACAGAGAGCGAGGUCAGGAAGGCGGCAGAAAGAGAGACGAGGGUGCGGAGAAAGGCAGAAGAGCGGAGAUAAACAAGAGCCAGGAGAAGACGAGAAGCCCUCCGAGGAAGGAGAAACCGGCCGAGAAGAGAAGAGAGAGCAGCAGCAGCAGUGGUAGCAGCAGCAGCAGUAGCAGCAGCAGCAGCGGUAGUGACAGUGACAGCUCCUCGUCCUCCUCGUCAUCUUCCUCUUCCUCUUCGUCCUCAUCCUCUGAAGAUGAGGGCAAGCCGAAGGAGGCGGGGUCAGCAGGGAAAGAAAAAGGUGCACCGUCCGUCAUUGGGGCUGCCGUUCAGAGGUACAUAGCCAACGGUAAAAAGGAAAGCCCGGCCUCUGCUCCAGAGAGCGACGGACCUCGACGAGUCCAGAAGGAGAGAGAAGCCGGAGGAGACAAACAUGAGAGGGAGAGACCGCCUCACAGAGCUCCCGCAGAGAGUUACCCGUCCCGGACAAAAGGUCAGGAGCGAUACAGCCCCACACAGAUGGACAGCCCCAGUCCGCCUCCUUCCCCGUCCAACAGAGCGGACGGCAGCAGAAGCAGCAACAGGAACGCCUCCCCCCCUCCGGUCAAAGCAGAGAGAACCAGGGUGGAGGUGAAAGUCGGGGAAAGGGACAGAGGGAGGGAGAGGGAGGCAGCCAGGAGGCCGGUGAGGUCUAGCCCUCCAGCCAGGAGGUCGCGCUCUCCGCCCCAGAAAACCUCCACCUCCUCCCCGGCCCGUCGAACUCCACCGAGGCAGUAUCAGGAACCGCUGCCGCGAUCCAGGAGAGCUUCUCCUCCUCCGGCCUGGUCAGACCGGGAGAGAGAGAGGCAGCGGGACAGAGAGAAGGAGAGGAACAGGGAGAGGGAGAAGGACAGAGAACGCGAGCGGAUCGCCAGGAGAAGCCGGUCCAGAAGCCCGAGGAGGCGAAGCCCCCCCGGCAGGUCCCGCCGCUCUCCUCUUCCACAGCGAAGGAGGAGCAGCCGCUCCCUCUCCAGAGAAAGAGCGAGAGAAAGGGAACAAGAGAGGAUUCGGCAGAGGGAGGUAGAACAAGAGAGACAAAAGGAGAAAGAGCGCCUGCACCAAAAAGAUGUUCCCCAACCCCGCAGGUCCUCCUCUUCCUCAUCCUCCUCCAGCUCCUCCUCUUCCUCCUCGUCCUCACCUUCACCUCCCCCAGAGAGGAAAGACACAAAAGCACUUCCAGAGAGAGACAGAAGAACCGAGCGAGAGGACGAGAAGAGAGAAGACCGAGAGCAGAAAAGUCGUUCCUCUUCUUCUCAGGGCCCUUCCAGACCCGCAUCUCACGUUCCAACCUCAGGUAGAGGAGGCUCCCAGGUGGACCCCAGGCGCCAUGACGUGGCCCCCAGAAGGUCUCCGGCUGUUGGCCAACCAGAAACCAAACAUGUGUCACCAGCGGCACCCCCUCAACUGUCACACCAAACGGUUAACGGGAAGGAGGCAAAUGCAAACAAGAAAGCCAACAGGAGCAGCAGCUCCAGCUCCUCUUCCUCAUCGUCGUCGUCCUCUUCGUCCUCCUCUUCGUCCUCCUCUUCAGACAGUUCUGACUCUGAAGUUGAGCAAGGAAAAGGGAAGACGGACAAAGCUCAAAGCUCUCCUUCCUCGUCCUCGUCAUCUGAGAAUGAAAAGGAAAUUAAGAAAAAGAGCCCUGCCAAGUCCGGGAGGGUGCCUGCUGAUUCGCUGAGAGAUUCUCGCUCACUCAGCUAUUCUCCUCCAAGGUACAUGAGAGCACCGUCGCCCUCGGCCCCUCGCAGGAGCGGCAGCAGGCAGUCACCGGUCCGCUCGUCAUGCGGCAGACGCAGGAAAUGAGCUGAAAACCGGAGACUCUUCACUUCUUUUUUUUUUUUUUUGUGUCAUUUCUCUGGUCGCCUCUGGCUGGUUUGAAAUGGACUACAACACGGGCUCCACCGCCAGCGGUCAGUAGAUAUCCUGUGAACGUCAGGGGACUCGAUUUUGGUUCAGAGCGACCACACAGUUAUCAACAAAAGUGUUUGUUUUUUAAGCAACUACGACGACCAGAGGCUGGCUUGUACAUUUCUUUUUAUGAGCUGAAUAAGAAGCAUACACAGUUAAGUAAAACGUAACUCUAACAAUGUUCCUCUGUACUUGUAAUGUUUGUUGCGUUCUACCUGUAGAUACGAGCUGUCUGUAUUUUGGUUAUCAUGUAAUAGAUAAUCCGAUUUCCAUUUAAUGUGAGCAGAAACUGAAACGUGGGUAAUUUCUUUGGUGAAAAUGGUUAAUGAUAAUAAAAGGCAAUUGUACAUUUUA